UCGCCGUGUGUCACUAUAUCAUUUUUCAGUAAGGCGAGGGUGGCUUGUCGAUAGGACAUCAUGGUUCGCAAUAUUGAAAAGCUUUGUGCGAGGAUUUUAUAGAGCCUUGGGGGCACCAUCAACUUGGGAACAGCUUUAGGGGCUCUUUCGCAAGAUAUCUCGUAUGAAUAUAUUCUCGGUAAAAUGUGCGCGAGUCUAGAAGAAGACGACUUCAACGUUGCCACGACAGAGAUGCUCCAGAACUUGGGUGGCGCUUGGCACUUGGCGCCUUUUUAAACUUAUUCCCUGGUUAACAGCAUUAAAGUCGGUUCCUCGCGGUCUAAUGUCGAAAAUAGCCAACAAGAAUACCUUGAGCUUCCUCCAACUUUCCCAGAAAAUUGACAACGAUACCGAAAAUCUUUUUGGCAGUUUGGGCACAUCUUUCACCAACGAGGAAAAACCUCAGACAGUUGCCCAUGCAAUCGCCAACUCGAAGCUUCCUCCAGCCGAAAAAGCUCUACCGUGUAUUCUCACUGAGGUCCACGUCAUAGUUGGCGCAGGUUUGGAGACUGCCUCCAGCGUAAUGAGAUUGAUGGUGUACCACGUUUUUAGCAACACCGAGAUAAAACAAGAGGUGAGGGAACAACGAAGUUGUUCCGCAAGGAACUCUGACUAAGGUGGCUUUGGGAAUCAGAGUUAUACAUACAAACAUCCCUUUCAUAUUCCACGUCUCAUACUCAACACCUGUCACAUAAAACAGUCUCAAAUAUCGGUACUCAGGCAGCAUUCAGGAUGUUGUUAUAUCAUCUACCUAAAUAUGAGAUAGACACAGCCGUCACAGUACUAUAAUUGUACGUGGGUAUAGCAACGUUAAACUCUCAAGUUCACA